UACGCUGCUUCAUUCUAAACCUCACGUAUGAAAUUUUAAAUGAUAUAAAUACACAUGUACAUGAAUAUAAAUACAAUAUAAAUACACAAAUUAAGAUCGAAAAAAGAAAAUGAAGGGAAGCUUGUGGUUGAUUGUUUUGUUUUUGGUUCUCUCUUUCGCGAUUUCAUCUUGUGCAUCUUCAACUUGGCCAUACCAAAUCCGCAAACUUUUGGAAAUAAAAACACCGCCAAGUGGUUCAAAACCCGCACCUCAAUAUCAUUAGCUCGUAGGAAAGAGGAGCUUUAGAGUUUCCGUCUAUGGGUCGUGGAGGUUAAAUGCACCGAUUUUUAUAUAUUGUUAAUUAUUUUAUAGUUUAUAAAAGAAACAGAAACCAGGGAAUAAUGAACAAAAACAUGUAUUUUAAUUAAUAGAUUCUUACAUAAAUGAGCCAUGAAUAAAACGUUCAGAAGUUAUAGGUUUUUACGUUAUAAAGAAAAUUAGAUUCAUAUUCAUGGGAUCAUGAUUUUUGAAAUAAUUUCAGUUAUGGGAAAGAUGCACGCGUACCUUCUAAGA